AUGGAAAAUGGUUCCUUGAUAACUGUGAACAUUAUACUUAUUGGUCUUGAGGAAAUGCAGAGAUUUAAAUAUCUAUAUGCCGUGAUCAGCUUUGGGGUAUACGUAGCCAAUAUAUUACUUAGCUUUAUCCUUGUGUUCAUUAUCUGGACUGAGCCAACUCUCCACGAGCCGAUGUAUAUCUUCAUCUGUAAUGUGAUUAUUAACGGAAUGUUUGGAAGCACAGUUUUUCUUCCCAAGCUCACAAUUGACAUGCUUUCUGGAUAUACUACUAUCUCAAUUCAUGGCUGCCUUAUUCAAGCGUUCUUCAUUAACAGCAUUACUUGUGCUGAAAUGCUUACAUUUGCUGUAAUGGCUUAUGACAGAUUUUUGGCUGUUGGUCAUCCUUUGAGGUACCCAACUUAUAUGACAAAUGGGAAAGCCCUGACCUGCCUAACUGUGAUUUGGAUAUUUUCUUUUACAAUUGAAGUAGCAAUUGUGAUGUUGGCUGCUCGCCUGACUUUAUGUAACAUGAACAUGAACAAUGUCUACUGUGAAGUAAUGUCGUUCCUUAAACUGGCGUGCGGCAGUACUGUUCUAAACGAUAUAGUCGGAAGCACUUUGGCCAUAGUAGUGAUAAUCUUUACGUAUGUUGUAGCUAUAUAUAGCUACAUUAGGACUUUUAUAAUAUGCUUAAAGAUUGCCAAAGAUGAAUGUCAGAAAGCCCUCCACACAUUAAUAACCCAUCUGAUGGCUUUCUCCCUUUUUAUGUUUGGAUCUCUAUUUGUUCUUCUUCGACACAGGUUGAAUUUUGGUGCCGUAUCUCCCAAUGUACACCUUAUUCUCCCUAUAUUGGGAUUUACUAUAGUCAUCACUAUGAACCCAGUCAUAUAUGGAUUAAGAACAAAAGCUCUCAAAAACAAAUUUGUUCAUUACAUCCAUAGAAAAACACAUCCAAGGGACCGUAGCAUACCGGAUUAG